GCUCUCAGCUCCCUCCCCUCUACAACAGUCCCGGCGCAUAUACUUUGCGCAAUUGGUGCUUGCAACCAUAAUGGCCGACACCGAUGAAGCGGCGAUCCACAUGCCGUCGCAGGAUGGGUCGGCGCAUAUCGAAGUCGACUUGUCCGAUGAGACGCAGGACUUUCGCAUGCUGAGCAAUAUCUCCUUUCUUACAGAUGGCACCCAAGCGAGCAUCCCCAAACGAGGCGAGAAGGACUUCGAACCGAACCCGACGCUCUACCAGGCCGACAUCCUCUCCGCCUCCCGCCAGGCAAUGCACAACGCCCUCUCCUACCCCCGCAUCCACCACCCAAAGAAUCAGAUCAUUGGCGUGUACGCGCCCAAUGGACCGGCGCCGCCAUCCCAACACACGCCCUCGAAUCUCGAAUCGAUAGCGGAGGGGUCUCCUCAGUAUCACGCGGAAGUACCGAGCACGACGACGACGACGACAGUAGGCAACGUCCAUCCCGACGCCUGCGUUUACGUCGCGAACCCCAAAUCCAAUCUGUUCAAGACCAUCGGCCAGGCGGACCGGUGGAACCGGAUCUGGCUUCUUCCGGAGGAGGCGUUGUUUAUGCUGGAGAGAGGGAGUUUGAAUAUCCAUUGGCCUCGUUCGGAGGUUGGGUAUGACGAGGAUGAGGAGGACGAGGGUGAUGAGAACAAUACCGAGGACUCGGGGAUUCCGAUGAGCUUGCAGGCUGCCUAUGCGGCCUUUGCAUCGAGAGGCGGGCUGAACAGCGAGCGGUUCUCGGUGUAUACAGGGCUGCGACGGCUGGGCUACACGAUCAUGCGGGCACCGGGCUGGAACGACGACGGGGAGGAUGCGGCUGGGAUUGAAGAUUCGGGGUCGGAGGUUUUAGGGAAGCACGGCGCUGGAUUAGCCGGGAUCUAUUCGAGGUUCAUGAAGUGGCUCUGCCCGCCGAGUACCAACACGGCGUUGGGACCCGUUGCGGGAGUCGGAUUCCACCGCAGCUAUGACGAUAUCUACAGCAAACUCUCGAUAAUCCCCUGGUAUGACCCGACGGCUGCUCCCCAAGCGGCCCGAUCCCCCGCGCAAGCGCCCUACCGAGUUGUCUUCCACGUGUACAAACCCUCCACCCCCUUCAAGAAGUCCGCGCCGCCGCCGCCGGAUUUCCGAAUCGCUGUGGUCGACGCGCGUGCGCACACCUCUGUCCCCACCCUGUCGCAGUUGGGGGCUCUGCUCGAGAGCACGCCCCUGGAUCCCCCGACGAGCGAGAAGAUGAGCCGGCAGCUGUACAUGCGGCUGCGCCACGGGUACCGGAACGUGAUUCUCGCGGUGGUGGAUGAGGGGGUCGUGAGCUAUCUACGCAUCUCGGAGGCGGCCUUUGGCAAGGAGAAGCUUUACAAGCAGAAGGCGUUGGCGAACAAGACGCAGUACCGGCCGAAGCCGAAGCCGAAGUCGACGCCGAAAGGGCGAUGAGCGCGGCCACUACUAGCGGAGGUGAUUCGAAUUACUUACGGUUGUUGCGGCUAGGUGGCCACCGGCAUAUGUCUCCCCUUUUCGGUAGGAAAUACUCUCUAGAAAGCCCUACAAUCCACAAAUGAAAGGACGAGGGCUGUAUAGAGGGGAUAGGAGAUUGAAUCUGCCAUCAUCUUUAGGGCAUCCGUCUAUGGGUGUAGGAAGAGCGGAUGCAGAUGCUCAGAUGGCUUGGCCGGUGGCUCACGGGGAGGAGAGGGAAAUGAGCGGAGGACAAAGUGAGAUGUGCAUGGCACCGAACAUGCCCGUGGAAAUGCCUUGGUAUAUCUAUGCUGCCCUCAAAAACGCCACUCUAUUGUAUCCGUCAACGCAGCAGAAACAUAAACCCCGACUCCAAGAUAGGUAGUGUAUAAACAACAAU